GUCGUCACGUCAAGAAAUUCACCCACCCUAACAGACAGGAACCAAGAGCUCUUAGCCGAUGAAACUGGAGAUUGGAUAGUCUCGAAUUUCCGAGCUAGAUUGUGCUGUAGUUUCAAAAAUCCAAAGCCAGAAGCCGAAAGCAGCUUCCACACAGUUUGAAUCAGAGUAAUCGUGGUGGAAGGUGAAGUUAUGAGACAAAGUGAAAGGCAAGGGGCGUGAUCGUGGGUGGGCAGAUGUGAUGCUAUGAGUAGAAAAAGGCCUACUAGGAAUUCAAACUACUGCGGCGCAACCGUAUGUACCGACGAGAGGUGCACCAUUAUAUCAUAGAUAAGUGGAAAAGGAAUAAGAUCAUAUAUCUCUGCAAUGGAGAUAGUAGUAUUGAGAAUCAUGAUCUAUAAUUCACAAUCAACUGUGCCAGUCAACAAUCGGAUUAUUGCACAAAUCAGUCAGUGUUGACACGGAAUCUCAAUCAAUCAUCGUCACGGGCUGUCUUUAUGACGGAGCUAUCUACCGCCUUGUUCAAAUCGGUCGAUGUACAGGCAAGACGGUGGUUCCUUAAAUCAUCGGACAGUGGUCCAAGAUUCUGUUAUUCAUUUUCCGUCUUAGCAACCGGCAAUGGAAACACUGUCGGAAUUAUCCCCUUCUGUCUUGAUGGCGGUAUCAGUACUCUGGCUGCUAUGGUUAGUUUAGGAUGCGAUCAAAUGUUUGAAAGCAAAAAAAUAUCACUGCUGAUGGUACGCUUGUACAUCCAAGUGGAAGAGGUUGAGCCCGAACCACUCUGGGCGAUCAAAGGGGCAGGCCAAAUUUUAGUGUGAUGCUAGAACUAACUUUAAAGACGUAUAGAUUGUCAAUAUUGGGUCCCAUGAGGCGCGCAUUGGGUCGGCAACUUUUCGUAUCACGUUGGAUCGCGCGGAGGAAGUGUGCAGCGCCAUGGAACGAUUGAUGGCCACCACGAACUAUAACACCGCCGGGAUAAUGAUGGAAAUGGCAGCACCACCAGAAUUCCAGCCAAUGCUUGCAGUUGCACCUCGUUUCAUGUAAGUUUUCAUCCGACCUGAAUCUUUCCUCCCCGCAAGCAGAUGGACAGGCUGCGCGUACCAAAAUACUGUCAAUAAAAACAUGCAUAUGUACCCACUUGCCUGAACGCUUGAUGUCAGUCUCAAAUUUAGCGGAGAUCCAACGGAGGCACCUCUUGCAUUUCACCCUCUCACAGAUCACAAUUCAACUAUACUCUCAACAUCAACCCUUCACUACCCACAUUUAAGCGACCAUUUGGGGUUUCGUCUGUGCAAAAGGAGAGUUUAAACGAUUCAGGUUGGCGAGCUUUCCUGAUUUCAGAGGCCAAAAUUUCUUGAAAGUUGUCCAGAUUCACAGAAUUGUUAGCUACCUGCCCUGAUGCUGGUACUACUGGUUAUGGAUUCGAGUUGCAUACUGGAACUUCAAACUUACCUCCCACCACUUCGGCAUUUGGUAAUGAACAUGUCCAUUUAUGGCCGUAAGAGAGGUCCUCCUAGAUGCUACAACAGAAAUGCUAACUACGCUCUUUCCUCGUACGGCGCAACCGCUUCUCAUGGUACCAUAGCGCCGAUUACCAUGACACCAUGCUCGGCUUCGAGAACAAAGCGAUCGCAGCCAUGAGAGACGGUCAUGCCGAGGAAGAGUAGGUUUGAUUAUGCAAAUUGCAAUCGCACAGAUCCUGUUGAAUGACGAUACCAUGGAGAAGAAAGGCUAGGGGAGUCGAGGUCAUUGAAGCAGAAAUGGGAUACGCAAGGUGUUUUGCAAUUAUUAUACGGCAACAGUUGUGAUGCGCCAGCCAAGGCUCUGAUCAGUAACGGACGACCAUGACACUAAUAAUAUUAAUCAUGGAAUUGAAGUUGUACAUUCCGAGGUCAAACCGUUGAGAUUGACUUGGACCACUUCAAAUCCUUUCCGUGGGUCAAGUGGUGGGUAACCUUAGCUUGUAAGGAUGACACAGACCCGAAUUAUUGGAAUCAAAUUAUGGUUCUUUUUAGAAUUCGAUAUCCUUUCCAUCUUGGACCAAGUUGAUGGUGAUCCU